CUGUGCUGCAUGCAGACUUCCAUCCGCAACCGUGCCUUUUCAUGGAGAGGGGCGCCCUACUGCGAGAGAGACUAUGAGAAGAUGUUUGGCACAAAAUGCCGCGGCUGCGACUUCAAGAUUGAUGCUGGGGACCGGUUCCUGGAGGCGCUGGGCUUCAGCUGGCAUGACACCUGCUUCGUCUGUGCAAUCUGCCAGGUCAGCCUGGAAGGGAAGACGUUCUACUCCAAGAAGGACAAACCCCUCUGCAAGAGCCAUGCCUUCUCUCACGUGUAAAGGGAGGCUCACGCUGCACACGUUGGCUCGGCACACACCUAUCUCUGCCCCUUCUUUUGCUGCAGGGGCUGGAGCUGCCACUCCCUCUGCCGCUUCUGUUCUGGGCAGCACCCUGCUCUGGCCUUCCUUGGAGGCAAAGCUGAGCCUGCUGCUCUCUUGACCCUCAAUAGCCUGUCUUCUGUCUGGACUAUGUUCUGUGCCUCUCUGGUGGUCUCACCAGGCAGUCCCUCCCUUCUGUGUUCACAGCUAACUAUGCCAGGCACCUCAGCCCAGGGCUGGACCUGUCCCAUGCUGAGCCUAAGGCGGGGAGAGGCUUGCUGGAGCAGGGCUGCUCUCACCCUACAGGCUGGCCAGCUGGAUCCAUCCUUUUCCCCCUCCCCAUGGCCCCUAUGUGGAACUGGUGCCUCUCACCUGGCCAGGCUGCUGGCCAGCUGGAAGCUGUGGCAGGGGUGGGGAAUCCUGCAGGGCUGCUCUGUUCCCCCUUACCAGGGGCCCUGAGCUUGCUGGAAGCCCUUGCUUCAUGGGCAGGGCACACGGAUGGUCCCUGAGCCCAGGCCUGCCUGGUGCCUGCUCUUGGGUGUCCUGAAAGGAGCUAGUCCACACCAGCCAUAUGCCUGCACUGAAAACGACUGGUCUUGUUCCCUGCCACCAUGCAGCUGCUAUCCUGCCUGGGCCACAUGCCUGGCCUGGCCCCACAGACCCCCAAGGUGGGUCUCUGCCCCUGUGCUGUCUGGUGCCCGUGCAUGAAGGCUGUUCCCAGCUCCUGGCCCUGCAGUGUUCCCAGGCAAGGCAGUAGCAGACAUGCUGCCUCUGUAGGACUGACCUGGACUCUGCCAACAGGAGGGGAGGGGAGGAAAGCUGAAAGCCAUGUGCAAGAGGAGGCCUGCAGAAGCAGCUACUUCACUGGUGGGGGCGUGGGGCAAGGGGCAAGGAGCUGGGCCCUCUGUGAGGCAGGCACUGACAGGCUAGGCCCUAGGCACUGAGUUUGCUGGCAGCUUGGCCGCCUCACCCAGAGCUGCCCUGCCUGUGGGGGGGGGGGGGGGGCAGUGUGUGGUGUUGCCACGGUGCUUUUAGUGCCUUAAUAAACACUUAUCUGGCAAGUGUCA